AGGCUGUGGCUAGGCUAAAAUCGACGUGUUGUAGAUUAGGUAGCUAAAGUGAAUUUAAUGAUGUAAAUUUGGUUUUGUAUUGUCUAAGAUGAGCAGAAUGAGUGGGCCAGACUUGAAGAACAACCCAUUUACAGCCCUCUUUCCAUCAGUGUUAGAUGCUCAGCAAUUUGCAGCUGGAGUCAAGGAUGCGUUAGCUACUUCUGAUCAAGACAUAAGUGAGUCCAUUUUCAGUGACCAAGGGAAAGCUGAGGAAGUAGUCCACCUUAAUAACCUCAUUGAAAGAAUAUUCUUAAUUACUUUAGACCAAACAUGCACAUCAGACAAGUUCAGACCUGCAAAGGCAGUUUUCAUGGCAGAGUUUCAAUUAACACUGGGAGGACAAGACUGGUUAGAUUUAGAGAUUUUAGAAACUUGUUUAUUUGAACGACUAGUUUUCGAAGAGCCAGAUAAGCACAUAGUAAAGACAAGCAAGACUGGAGAACCUGACAGGACAGUGACAGAGGGGAGAGUGCUGUUUUAUCUUUAUUAUGCAUAUGUGAGAGCUGUACAGGAAACCAAGAAGAUAGAGGAUGAGAGCUACCUGAGUUUUGUCACUGUGAUAAAGGAUAUCAUCAUCAGAAAUGGUAAAACAAGCCUCCAGACGGCGCCACUGUUUGUUGGGCAGGACCCUGGUCAACAGUUUUUGGAUAUAUUCAUGGAGGAGCACAGAAAUUCCGAUUCUGAAAUAAUGAUGGAAUUUUUAGAGUUAGUUGCCUCAGAAAUUGACAGCCACCAAGAAGAUGGCAGUUUAGCUCAAAUCUUGAGACCAGUUUUAGAUCAAGUUACCACCACAUUUCACAAAGAACUUGGGCUUAAUAAUCCUAGGACAUUUGACUUUGUAGAGUUUGUCUUAUUCAUGACAAGGACAGAGUGUCUCGGAAAAGUUUUUAUGGACUAUACAACCCCUAGAGACAUAAAGACUGCUAAGAAUUUCGAAAUGUCUUUACUUGGGUGUACUCUCUCCAUAAGUUGUAUACCAGAGAACCCUCAGGGACCAUUCCAGUUCUUCACUGAGCCCUCUACAAUGAGACCCAGUGAAGUGGAAAUGACAAUGCACAGCCUAUGGCAGCCUAUAGCAAUUUUGAAUGAGAAAGUCCACAAAAUGAUCUACAACUUGCUGAAAUUGUCUGAAGAACUGAAGCACAGAACUUUGGAGUGGCUGGGAAACUGUUUAACUGCAAAUCAGGGUCGGGCCAAACUGUGGUCGAAUCAUCUUCCGCCAGAGUUACUUAACAGAAUGUACUGUAGUGAUGGUUUCUUCAUCAACUUGUGUGCUGUAUUGCUUCGUCUGUGUAAACCUUUCUGUGCAGCCCAGUCUCCUAAACUGCUCAAAAUACAAUUAUCAUACUGUGCUGUGGAAAUGAAAACUGUAGAAGAAGGAAGAGAGAGAAAUAUGCAUUUAAAAGGGCUGAACAAAGAGACAUCUCUGAUUCCUCCACCAGAGGGCAGUGUGCCAUAUCCAGGAGAAGACAAAUUCAACUUCCUGACAGAGUGCUUCAUGAUGACCCAUUACUGUCUCCACCUGGGAAUUCACGUCAUUCAUGAGAAGUUCAUGAGGCUGAAUCAGGAGAUGGGUCAGCUAGAGGGGGCUUAUAGAGACCUUGUCAAUUCAGGGGCAGAGGGCUCAGCCAUUGGGAGGCAACUAAAGGAUAGGUUUGAAAAAAGAAUGAGUAUGUUCCAGUGUGUAAGGGCCGCCCUGCUGGAACCACAAAUUGUCCAAAUGAGUCUUCAGCUCCAUGUUGCCUCAGCAACAUUAUUAGUCAACUUGGCUGCCGGUGGAGUAGAGAGUUUCUUACAGGAAAUUUGUUUCCCACUCCCUGAUCCAGUGCCUGAUGUGCUAACAGUUGUUCCAGAGUUCUUGGUGGAAAACAUGGUGGACUUGGUUGUAUUUAUUAGAAGAUUCAGAGAUGAAACAUUUGAGAUUAUUGGUGGUGAUAUAUCGCACUUUGCCUCUCUGAUCCUAGUGUUUAUGGGAAGCCCCCAGAGAAUGAAGAACCCUCACUUGAGAGCAAAACUGGCUCAGACGCUAGAAAAUCUCAUGCCAGUGCAGAAUGAGAUGAAAGCAGGAUUGAUAGCAAACUACCACAGAGAGCAGCUGUUUGUGAAGCACCCGCUGAUCCAGCAUCUUGCUGAGACCCUGCUGCAUGUGUUUGUCAGCAUAGAGAUGACAGGCCAGGCAGUGCAAUUUGAACAGAAAUUCAACUACAGAAGGCCCAUGUACAAAAUACUGGAUUAUAUUUGGAAUAUUGAAAUCCACCAUGAAGCAUUGAAGAGGCUGUCAGCACAUGCAGAAGAGCACAUAGAAGAUUCAGAUGCUCCUCUUUUUCUUCGGUUUAUAAAUCUUCUUGUGAAUGAUGCCACUUUUCUUCUUGAUGAAGCUUUAAUGUACAUGAGCCAGAUCAAAGAACAGCAGGAAGAGAAAGACUCUGGGGCUUGGCAAAACUUGCCUGAAGACCAGCAAAGAGAGAAAGAGAGUAAUUUGCAGCAAUUGACCAUGUUAUCAAGAUUUCAUAACUUGAUGAGCAGAGACACUAUCCAUAUUUUGGAGCUUCUUACCAGGGACAUACAAACUUUGUUUAUACAUAAUAUUAUGGUGGAUAGGAUAGCUGCAAUGUUGAAUUAUUUUCUUAUACAUCUGGUGGGUCCAAAGAAGAAGAACUUAAAAGUAAAAAACUUUGAGGAGUUUGAAUUUAAGCCCCAGCUCAUAGUGUCAGAUAUUUGCCAAAUCUACCUGAAUUUGGGCAGCCAUGAGGCUUUCUGUUUGGCAGUGACAGCAGACGGCAGAUCUUACUCUCCAGAUCUUCUGCCACAGGCAGAGAGAGUGCUCCAGAGAAUUGGGAAACCUGUGCAAAUGAUCUCAGAGUUUGCUGGUCUUGCUGAGGAGAUUAAGUCUGUAGCCUCUCAGCAGAAGGAAGAAGAGGAACUCUUAGGUGACGUUCCUGAGGAAUUCCAAGAUGCCAUCAUGGGGACAGUAAUGAAGGAUCCUGUCAUUCUUCCAUCUGGACAAGUUGUAGACAGAAGCACAAUUGCCAGACAUUUACUCAGUGACCAGACAGACCCAUUUAACAGGAGUCCUCUGACAAUGGAGAUGUUGAAACCUCAUGAUGAACUGAGAGAAAAAAUCAAAUUAUGGAUUCAGGACAACAAAAAAUAAAUCUGGCAAGACAUUUAAAACAAUUUUGAAAUUUCCCAUUUAUGUGGUAUCGAUUCUCCAAGAGACAGUUUACAGUUCCACAUAAGGAUAGGCCAUUUAACUCUUAUUGUUGAUUUCCAUUGCUACUCUUUAAAGAUACACUACUCAGAAAAUUGGAAAACAAAUAAUGCUAGGGGCAAUUAACUUCACAAGUAUGUUGCUAAAGAGAAAUAAGUUUGUUACUGGUAUUGUUACAUGAAAUGUGUACACAGGCUAUGUAAUUUUUAAAAAGAAUGCUUUUUUAGUGCACUUGCUGUAGAUGUGUACUACUGUUGUGAUAAAAGGACCAUUCACAAUGAAUUUUGUCCACCUUUCUAAUGCGCACCAACUCCACAGAAACUCUCGCUGAAUGUAAUCAGAUUAACACGCCUUCUCUUUCUGGUGAUUAUAAGGGUAUAUAGGAAACAAGAGGAGGUGUGUUAUUCUUUUACAUUCAGCAAGAGUCCUCUUGGAGUUUGUGUGCAUUAGACAAAAUUCAUUGUGCACUGCCCCAAAGAUAUAUUUUACAGGAAUGUUAAGGCUGUAUACACAACACUUAAGUGUAAAAAUAAA